AUGCCCCUAAUUCCCAUCGGACAUCAUCACUAUAUCCUCCCUGGUGGUGAGCAGGUAUUCACGUUCAAAAAUUCAGAAGUUCUGCAGAAGAUCACUAGAACUCAAGGGAAUCUUCUCAGAAAGGCUGAGACGGAAAGUUACUUGAGGAAGAAGGCAAAGAAACUGCUUCAGCAGUGGACUAAGGAGCUGAGAGAAGCAUCUACGAAAUAUCACCAGUGUGUCAUACAUAUCAAAGAGCUUUUCCGUAUACAGUCUACCGGGGAGCCGCCACCUGACAAAAGCCUAAUUCUUGUCAAAAAGCUACGGUUAAAGCGUAGUUCACCGAAUUUGUCACCUUGCCCUCCUCUUUCUCCUCCUCUUCCGGGGACAAAAACUCCUCGACCACCAAAACGAUCCAGGAUUCCGAUCAGCACCUGGAGAAAAAAUGAUCAAGGUCGUCUGGGAGGUAGAUGUACAGACGACGCGAAGAUUCCGUCGUUCUUAAGGGAUGGGGAGGAUUCUUCGGCUGGCGAUGAUCGACCGGUCACGCCGAGCACGCAUGUUUGGAGUCCAGAGCCUGGAAGUGCUUCGGGAAGGUUUUGUCGUGUUGGAUCGACUGCGAGGAGACGACCGAGGACUGCACCGAAUGAGAGUGAGCUUUUGAUCGGCUUGAGGGAUGAUGUUAGGAGGAAGAUAAAUUUUCGAGAUCUUUAA